AUGUUUACCACACCAUGCAACAGCGGCAUCAGCAACCAGUGUUCUGACAUUUCCGACAAGGCGAUAAAAAUGAGCUGUCGUGGGUUCGAAGAUGAAAAAUAUGAGAUUAGAACGGGACUUGCUUUCAAGGAUUGUGCAAUAAAAAUGGACAAUUUACGAUCGACAUUCGGAGGAUGUUUACAAACAACAACAAGGAGUCAAAAUUAG